ACGUGUAUCAUCUCCAAUGCCUCUCUUCGUCGCGGCAUUCUUGGUCUUGUUCGCGUUAUUGGGUGCAACCGACAAAAUAAAGGUAUUUCCUGAUAUGUUCUAUUCCAAUGUUGACAAUAAGAACAUCUAUCUCUGUCCUCCUGAGACGAUAUCGGAAGAGACGAGGAAUGACUGGAAGGCCGGUACUGAAGUACUUAUUGAUGGUAGUCAGUGUGAAGACUACGAUCACUUCUUGGCCGAAGAUGGGCAAGGAGACUUCCUCGAUUGUGUUGUGUGGAUCGAAGGGAAGACCAUUGCCGCCCUCGACAAGCUUGGUGUAGAUGCUUACCUCAUGUCCGGUUCCCUUCUGGGAUGGUAUCGGCAUCAUAAAGGUGUUGUUCCUUGGGAUGUUGAUGGUGAUCUAGGCAUGAACCAAGAUACAUGUAAUGCUGCUUUCGAGGCCAAAGGCGGCAAGCAUAAGAAUAUGAUAGGCUUACUGCGGGAAACCAUUGGGGAGGAGUUCUACGUGGGUGCCCGGCUCCAAGGGAUUGGCAGCUCUCUCCCUGAGGACUCCUUUGAGGCUUGUGAUACCAACGAGCUCAUGGUACGAGGCUCUCAUCCAAAUGGUAAGACCUGCCACACUGACAUUUGGAUCAUGCAUCCAGACGAUGCUAAGUAUAAAGGCACUGAGUUCGAGUGUCAGUGUAAAAGCGACAUCCCUAUGCCGAGAGUGUGUCGUAAGAAAACCUACUGCAACGCCCUUGAUGAUUUCCUACCUGUUCUCAAGACAACUCAAAGCGCCGUCUCUAUUUCUGCCGACGUUAAGGUGCCUCGUAAGCCCAAAGAGGUUCUUGACAUACUCUAUUCAAAAACUGACUUUCUCAACAUGAACACUAUUCCUGGCAACUACAAGUUCGGCAGCCGUGUUCUCGUAUUGGGUUCUGAUGCUUCAGAGUCGGCUACUACUUUUCUGGCUCCGAGUACUCCGCAAUUCGCCACUGAUAGUGCGGAUCUCUCUUCGAAGUAUUUCCCCGAAGUCUCAAUUGUUGUUGUAGUCGGGGCGUUUGUGCUGGGAUCAAUCGUUGGUGGGUUGAUCCAUAGGUGUUAUGUGCGUCGACAUUCCCCUACGAUAGCGUACACCACUGUUGACAAUGUUGCUAGCAGUAGUUAG